CCGCAGCCCCGCCGGAAACCCGCCGCUCUCGCGAGUUCAGCGGCCUCGCGGGCCUUUUCUCGCGGGGUCGGGUUUCCGGGCGGGUCGGUUGUGGAGGACGUGUUGUAGGCCUAGUUCCCGAGACGCGGAAGUGGACGGGCGCGAGCGGCGAUGGCCGGGCAGCACCUCCCGGUCCCCCGGCUCGAGGGUGUUUCGCAGGAGCACUUCAUGCAGCACCUCUAUCCACAGAGGAAACCUGUAGUGUUGGAAGGAAUUGAUUUGGGGACAUGCACAAGCAAAUGGACGGUGGAGUACCUAAGUCAAGUUGGAGGGAGGAAAGAAGUGAAGAUUCAUGUUGCUGCUGUUCCCCAGAUGGACUUCAUUAGUAAGAACUUUGUAUAUAGGUAUUUUCUUCUCAGGUUUACUCUCGGGAUUCAAAUAACUUGUUUUAAACCUUUAAGAUAUUUAUACAAAAUCCAUAUGGCACAUCAUCUUUUGCAUAAAGAAUUCUUUAUUUCAGAGGAUGAAAAGUACUACUUACGGUCACUUGGGGAAGACCCUAGAAAGGAUGUUGCAGAUAUCAGAAAGCAGUUUCCUUUAUUGGAAGAAGAUAUUAAGUUUCCAAAAUUUUUCAAAGAGGAGCAGUUCUUUUCCAGUGUUUUUCGAAUUAGCUCACCGGGAUUACAACUUUGGACCCACUAUGAUGUAAUGGAUAAUUUCCUAAUACAAGUGACAGGAAAAAAGCGUGUUGUACUGUUCAGUCCUCGAGAUGCCCAGUAUUUAUAUUUAUCAGGUACUAAAUCAGAAGUACUGAAUAUAGAUGACCCAGACUUAGCUAAAUAUCCACUGUUUUCCAAGGCUAGAAGGUAUGAAUGUUCCCUUAACGCUGGAGAUGUAUUAUUCAUUCCUGCUUUAUGGUUCCAUAAUGUAAUUUCUGAAGAGUUUGGAGUGGGAGUGAAUGUCUUUUGGAAACACCUUCCGUCUGAAUGCUAUGAUAAAACAGAUACCUAUGGAAACAAAGAUCUCACAGCAGCAUCAAGAGCUGCACAAAUUUUGGACAGAGCCUUAAAAACACUGGCUGAAUUACCAGAGGAAUACAGGGACUUCUAUGCACGGCGAAUGGUCUUACACAUUCAAGACAAAGCCUAUAGCAAAAACUUUGAGUAAAUAAUGAAGUGAAUGCAAUGAAUAUAAACUUUUGAAUACAGUUCAGCUCAAAUAUUAGAAAAAUAUAACAAAUUAUAUUUUAGAUUUUUUGUUAAAAGAGGAAAGGUAAAUCAAUUUCAGAUAUGCAUAUUAAAUAAGUACAAAGGAGUGUUUGUGUGGUUUUUAUACAGAUGGUUAUGGUUCAAAGAAUGCUGUUCUGGGA